AUGAACGCGUGCGUCGUGCGAACGCUGGGCGCCUCGAGCGCGGGCUUUCUGACGGGAUCUAAGAGGCUCAUGGUAGCUUCGGCCACGUCAUCCCGAUCCGUGCUGACGAUGCGCCCAGCUGGGCAGCGCGCGUUCCACGUCAGCGCGAUGAUGGGGGAGGAGGCGCGGCGCUUCCAGUCAGGCGGUCAGGAGCCCUCCGCGCGUGUGUUUGUGGACCACACCGUGUACAAGGGCAAGGGCGCUCUCAGUUUCGUGCCCAUCGCCCCUAAAUUCCGAGUCACCCAGACGGGUGCAUACGCGUUGACCCGCGAGGGCUCUGUGCUGCUCAACUUUGCCAAUGCCAUUGGCACACGGAAAUAUGACUGGGACAACAAGCAGAAUUUCUCCCUGUCAGUGGCAGAGAUCGGGUCAGUGCUGGGGCUGAACCCAGAAGACAAGCUUGAUUUCUAUCACGAUCCUUCCAAGGGCAGGAGUGAAGAGGGUCAGGUGCAGAAGGUGCUGCGUAUCCAGCCAUUCAAUGACUUCACUGGCUUUUACUUCAGUCUCAAUGUGAAGGACGCUCGCAGGGGUGUUGAUGAUCGUUUUUCUGUGCCUGUCACCAAGGCGGAAUUCAUUGUGGUCCGAAGCGCCAUGAAUUUCAUCUUGCCACAUCUUAUGGGAUGGAAUGCGUUGGUAAGUCCUGGCUCAAUUGAUCCUUCCAUGAUGGUACCAUCAGCACCCUCUAGCGAUAACAACUGGCAAUGA